AUGGACACAAGAGCCUCCCUCUCCAUUCUGCUGCUGCUGUUUGGCGUCUCGCAGGCGUCUCCUCUCAUGGAGGAAAGGUUUGAAGGAGUGUUUGUGUCAGAGCCUGAACCUCUGGACAUCACUACAAGGAUUUUGGAGUCCAACAAUGGAUCUUCUGAAGUCUUGAUUGAAGGAGAUCUGGUGUUUCCCAAAACCAGAAAUGCUCUUAACUGCUUUAACAACCACUGUUUCUGGAAGAAAAACUCUAACAACAUAGUGGAGAUCCCUUACAUAGUGAGCGGUGAAUUCUCCUAUAAUAACAAAUUAGUUAUCGCAAAUGCCAUGUUCACUUUUCACUCCAAAACCUGCAUCCGCUUUGUGGCCAGAUCAACUCAGAGCGACUACAUCAGUAUUGAGAACAAAGAUGGGUGCUACUCUUCUCUUGGCAGAACUGGUGGCAAGCAGGUGGUCUCCCUCAACAGGCAAGGCUGUGUGCAUCACGGCAUCUUUCAGCAUGAGCUCAAUCAUGCCCUGGGCUUCUACCACGACUUCCGGUAUCCGGUAGGGCCGCUGCCGGACUACGACUCCGGGUGGUGUGCGGACCUCGUGCUCUAUGACGGUAGUUCUGCCCGGGGUCUCGCUGAACACAUCCCGGAACUGACUGACCAAGGUCUCGAGCUCCAUCUUCUGGGUCGCCGACAGCUGUGGUUCCAUGAGCAACUGGCCGCGGAACCCACUUUUUGA